UUCUCGUAUUCAGAUGAGCCUCCCUUCCUCCCCCGCUGAUUGGCAGCGCGGCCGCCGGCCCCGCCCCGGCAGCCCUCGGGGCGGGGCCUGCUCCGGGCGGGCAGAUGUAGCAAUUCUCGGGUGGCCGAGUCGGCUGGCGGAGACGGCGAGGGGAGGGGGCGGGGGAUGCCGGCUCCUGAUUGGCUGCGCGCCGCGUUCCAGACCCCGCUGAUUGGCCCCUGAGGAGCCGGACCCAUGCUGGCCAAGGGCGUGAAGCGGAAGCACGGCGAGAUGGAGGCCGGCGAGGCGGCGGCGGCGCCCGCCGCGGGGGGGUCCCCGGCCCCCGCCGCCCCCUCCGACUCCCUCUUCAACAUCUCCAUGCUGAAGCUGCACCAGAGCCUGCGGCACGUGGAGCCCAACCUGCGCUACCUCGUGCUGGUGGCCAACACCCUGCGGCGCAUCCAGGACCAGAUGCCGGCGGAGGCCGAGGCGCCGCCGCCGCCCCCCGGCCGCCCCCCCGCCGCCCCCGAGCCCCCGGCCGGCCCCGGCGCCGCCGGCUGCCCGGACCGCAGGGGCCGCCCGGCGCCCGAGGACGAGCUGCUGCUCUCCAGCUGGGACGCUUCCCUCUGCGCCUCCCUCCCGGGCGCCCCGGAGGGCGCCGAGCCGCCGGGCCCCGCGCGGCCCCAGGACGCGGCGCCGCCGGACGGGGAGCCGGGGGGGCGGCCGGACGCCCCGCGGCCCCCGCACCCCUUCUUCGGCUCCCUGGAGCUGCUGGGCUCCACCGGCUCGCUGCUGGAGGACAGCCUGGAGGACAUCUUCGAGGACAUCGACACCUCCAUGUACGACUGCGACGUCUGGUCCCCCACCAGCCUGGCCGGCUUCAAGGCCUUCUCGGGGGCGGACGAGGAGGGCGAGGACGGGGGCCGGCUGGACAUGAACGACUUGGACUACCUGAUGGACGUGCUGGUGGGCACCCACGCGCUCUGAGGGCCCCGCUGCCCCCGGCGCCGAGCCGGGCCGCCUUUUAACUUAUUCUGGACUCGGCCGGGGACCGCGCGGCGCGGGGGCCGCCGGCCCGGCCAGCGCGCGCCGGGACGAUGCACCGUGCGGAGCCGGGCUCGGGUCCUGCCUCCUCCCCCCGGGGGGCCGGGACCCCCGGCUGCAGCCCCGGGAUGCUGGGGAGGGGCUGGGGGCUGCUGCACGCGGUGCUGGGCUCCGUGCAGUGCCGGGCUGAUCCAUGUGGUGCCGGGCUGCUCCGUGCAGUGCUGGGCUGCUGCACGCGGUGCUGGGCUCCAUGCAGUGCCAGGCGGCUCCGUGCAGUGCCGGCUGUGCCGUGCAGUGCUGGGCUGCUGCACGCGGUGCUGGGCUGCUCCGUGCGGUGCUGGGCUGCUGCACGUGGUGCUGGGCUGCUCCGUGCAGUGCCAGGCGGCUCCGUGCAGUGCCGGCUGUGCCGUGCAGUGCCAGGCUGCUGCACGUGGUGCUGGGCUCCGUGCAGUGCCGGGCUGCUCCAUGCAGUGCCGGGCUGCUGCACGCGGUGCUGGGCUCCGUGCAGUGCCGGGCUGCUCCGUGCAGUGCCGGGCUGCUCCGCGCGGUGCCGGGCUCCUCGUGGGCGCGGGGCUGCAGGAGCUGCCGGUGACACCAGAACCGGGGACGGUUAAAGCAGGCGGGCUCGGGGGGCACCGUUGCCCCUGCCCGGGGCAGUGAGUUCAGGACCUGCAGCUGCCUCGGGGACCCCACAGGGACUCGGUGGGGCUCGGUGCUGGGACGGCAUCUCCAGAGCUCCGGGCGUGCUGCUGCGACUGUGCACUGCUUGGAAACGAGGAUAAUAUAUACCUGAACCGCG